GACGCACUUAUCCCUCCCUCCUUCCUUCCCUCUCUGACCUCGACGCUUCCCAUCGGAACUGGACGUCCGCGGUGUUUUCCGGUUGAAGCCUCGCCGGAGUUCCGACGUAUAUGAUCAAUCUUCCUUUUCCUCUCUGAUAUGCUGUUUGCCAUGUUUGGCUUCAAUUUUUUUCUGUUGAGUUUUGGGUUAUGGUGGUUUGAUGCUGAAUCAGUUCUGUUAAGUAAAUAAAUGAAUGUGUAAAAUGAAUUACUUGGGUUCAAAUGGUUUUUUAAAUGAUUUAAGUUUCGUGUUUCAUUUGCUUGUUUGCUACUAGUAGUUCUUAUGGUUUUGAAGCAGAUGAUGGAAUUGGCGUUCUUUCUGUGUUGCUCAACCGCCUGUUAGAUUUGAUUUUGGUUUUCUGACUUCAGGUUUCAUUUGUUGUGGACUUGAUGGGUAAUUGCGUUUUUGAGUUUUAUAUCCUUCGCAAUAUUUAAAUAUAAAUAAAUAUUUUAAAUGACCUUCUUGAUUUUUUGGGAUUUACGCAUACCUCAGAUAGGAUAUGAUUUUAGUCCCAUUUAUUUAAGUAUUUAACUCACUAGUUGGAGACUUGCAGUAUCAUUGAGUCGUCUUGUGUGCGAUUCUCAGAUUGUCUUCUUUUUGUUCCUUUCUUUUUUGAGACCUUUUCUAUCUGUUUCUGUAGUUUUUUAUUGGCCUUCUUCAUUUUCUCACCCGGAAUAUGUGAUUCUUCGUGAAGCUCUUCUGCUAUCAAUGAUUUUAGGAAUUGUAUGUUUUUGGAGGAAUUUUGAAGGUUACUUUUUUUCAUUGUUACUGGUAAACAAACUAAUAUCUCGUAAUGCACCUUGUCGCCAGAAAGAAGUGCCCCUGAUUGCCUACUGAUUCAGAGAUCAGCCUGAUGGAUGAUAGAGUUUGUUUUACAAAUGACUAUGACUAUGUUGGUGAGCCUGUUUGUAUAAUAACAAGUGUGACCUGAUUCACAUUGUAGAACAGGUAUCUAUAAUUUUUAUGUUGUCAGCAUCCUUUUAAGUCAAGUACAAUACAUGGCAUCAAGAUCUUCUACAAACUUCCUGGACGUGGCUUGUGAAGAAAUUUUGGAUGUUCCUCAAACUCCUAGAGCUCUUCCUCGGCUAAUGACUGUUCCUGGAAUCAUCUCUGAUGGAAGCAAUGAUGGUGACUUGGAUUUUAAUUCACCCAUCCAUCAAGACCGUAAAAUUGUAGUCUCUAAUAUGUUGCCUUUGCAUGCUCAGAAGGAUAAAGAAACUUCACGGUGGUGUUUCAGUUUGGAUGAAGAUUCCCUUCACUUACAAAUGCAGGAUGGGUUUUCUUCUGAAACUGAGUUCUUGUACGUGGGUUCCCUAAAGGUUGAGAUUGAACCCAGUGAACAAGAGGAAGUUGCACAGAUAUUGUUGGACGAGUUCAAGUGUGUUCCAACUUUUCUACCCCCAGACAUUCAUAAGAAGUUUUAUUACGGUUUCUGUAAGCAAUAUCUGUGGCCUCUUUUCCACUAUAUGUUACCUAUGUGCCCAGAUCAUGGAGAUAGAUAUAAUCGUCAGCUGUGGCAAGCAUAUGUAUCUGCUAACAGGUUAUUUGCCGACAAGGUAAUGGAAGUCAUGAAUCCUGACAGUGAUUACAUAUGGGUACAUGAUUAUCAUCUUAUGGUUCUCCCAACUUUUCUGAGGAAACGUUACCACCGUGUCAAACUCGGAUUUUUUCUCCACAGCCCAUUCCCUUCUUCAGAAAUAUACCGGACUUUGCCGGUCAGAGACGAUAUUCUUAAAGGACUUCUGAACUGCGAUCUCAUUGGUUUUCAUACUUUUGAUUAUGCACGCCAUUUUCUGUCAUGUUGCAGUAGGAUGUUAGGCCUGGACUAUGAAUCGAAACGUGGGCAUAUCGGGCUUGAUUACUUUGGCCGUACCGUUUAUAUAAAAAUUUUGCCAGUGGGUAUUCAUAUGGGCAGGUUGGAAUCUGUUUUGGAGCUGUCCUCCACGAUUAACAAGGUCAAUGAAAUUCAAGAGCAAUAUAAGGGGAAAAAGGUGAUUCUUGGAGUGGAUGAUAUGGACAUUUUUAAAGGCAUCAGUUUGAAAUUGCUAGCUUUUCAACACUUAUUGGAACUAAAUCAGAAGUUUCAAGGAGAGCUUGUUCUUGUACAAAUAGUCAACCCAGCGCGUAGCUCUGGGAAAGAUGUUCAAGAAGCAAAGAGGGAAACAUAUUCAACCACUAAAAGAAUCAAUGAACUUUUCGGUAAACCCGGAUACCAACCGGUGGUUUUGAUCGACCGUCCGGCUGCUCGCUACGAAAAGACUGCAUAUUAUGCUGUGGCGGAGUGUUGCAUAGUCAAUGCAGUCAGAGAUGGGAUGAAUUUGGUGCCGUAUAAGUACAUUGUAUGUAGACAGGGAUCUUCUGGUAUUAAGUCUGAUUCUGCUCGACCGACUAGCACACUUGUGGUGUCUGAGUUUAUUGGUUGUUCACCGUCUUUGAGUGGAGCAAUUAGAGUGAACCCGUGGGACAUUGAAGCUGUCGCCGAAGCACUAAGCACAGCCAUUACCAUGCCCGAAUCUGAGAAACAUUUGAGGCAUGAAAAACACUACCGAUACAUUAAGUCUCAUGAUGUUGCGUAUUGGGCCCGCAGUUUUCUGAUGGAUUUGGAGAGGGCGUGUAAGGAUCAUUAUAGCAAGCGUUGUUGGGGUGUUGGGUUGGGACUUCGUUUCAGAGUUCUUUCGCUUUCUCCGAGUUUUAGAAAGUUGUCCAUCGAUUGCAUAUUGUCAUCGUACAAAAGGACACACAGAAGGGCGAUAUUCUUGGACUAUGAUGGAACAAUUGUGCCUCAAUCGUCGAUAGAUAGUUCUCCUAGUGAUGAAGUCAUUCGUUGCCUGAGUGUUCUCUCUAAUGACCCCAAAAAUACGGUGUUUAUUGUUAGUGGCCGAGGAAGGAGUUCCUUGAGUGAGUGGCUUGAACCAUGUGAUAGGCUCGGUCUGGCUGCUGAACAUGGUUUUUUCUUAAGGUGGAAUAAAAGCUCAGAUUGGGAAUGCAUGAAUGCUGAUGUAGAGUGGAAACAAAUUGUUCAACCUGUAAUGAAACAAUACACUGAUGCAACUGAUGGCUCGUCUAUAGAAACUAAAGAGAGUGCCUUGGUUUGGCACCACCAGGAUGCGGACCCUGACUUUGGGUCCUGCCAGGCUAAAGAAUUGCUUGAUCAUUUGGAAAAUGUUCUUGCAAAUGAACCCGCUGUCGUCAAGAGAGGGCAGCAAAUUGUCGAAGUGAAGCCACAAGGAGUGACCAAAGGGUUGGCAGCUGAGAAGGUUCUCGAGAUGAUGGUUAACAAGGGGAAGCCACCUGAUUUUGUGGUGUGUAUAGGUGAUGACAGGUCGGAUGAAGACAUGUUUGAGGGAAUCAUAAAAAUGGUUUCUGGUCUGACCAUUUCACCAGCCCCAGAAUUGUUUGCUUGCACCGUCGGACAAAAGCCGAGUAGAGCAAGGUAUUAUCUUGACGACACCACAGACGUGGUCAGGUUGCUUCAAGGCCUUGCCAAUGCAUCAAACCCAAAGCCGAUAGAGAUUGCUGAAUUCCAGUCCGUGUUUGACAUGUUUAAGUGACUUGGGGGUUCUUUUUUGUGUUUGCUUUCCGAAGGGGGUAAAGUUUUGCAGCUGUAUGGAAUGGCUGCCUUUAGUGUUGGAGAAGCGCCAUUGAUGUGUAUAUGUUCUAACUAACGACUUUCUAAUUGAAUUAUGAUAUAUAUAUAAAAGUUUGAUUUUGCGUUUUGUUUCCUGAGACCAGCCCCCAUGUAUAUCAAAUUAUCAAUGAUGAUGAGACCAUUGACCAAGUGAUGCACGAAAAAAAGUGUUCU